AGCUGGAUUCCCGGAGGGAGCGGUGAAUGGGGGUGGGGAAUUCUAGCGGCGCGGGAACCGAAGCGGACCGUUUUCCUGCCUCCUUGCGCGCGCCAUACCCUCUGGCGUUGGGCGGAGCAGAGAGUCCGCGAGCCAGUGGGCCCCGCCCACUUGCGAGCUGCGCGCGCACAGCGGCUUCCCCGCCCCACCCCCCUCCGGCCAGGAUCCGCUGGCAGCUAGGGUUCGCGCGCGCCCCAGGCCGAAUCCGUCACCCAAACUCUCCGGUGGUGUGAAGCCAGACGCAUCACUAGUCUUUCAAUCUGAGCCGAAGCGAGCUAGAGACUGUGCUCACUGCGCAUUUUGAUUCAUCCGGGAGCCCUGUAAGGGUCAUCUCUUGUGAAACGGCUGUAAAGGCCAUUUGACGUUCAGUGCAGUGUGCAAAGGCAGCGCUAGGAAUUUGAAAGACGCCCGAGUCAGAACGUUUAAACAAACGCCCCAGCCCCUGGAGCAGCGUUUAACUUGUCUGUGUUCUGCAGGGGCACGGUCUUUAGCCCGGAUCGAAGGCACCAUUAACCACUUCCCAUUUGCAGAGCUAAGCCCGGUAAAGAAAACCAUCCCAACCCCAGACAGCCAGAGCUUGAGUCGUCAAAGGACUAGGGUGCAAGUCCCACAGAAGAGAUGGCAUCAGGAGAUUUCUGCUUGCCUGGAGAGGGUAUGGAAUUACUCCAGCAAGGUGGGGAUGAGGCUGAAGCUGAAGGCUGAAUUCCUGUGUGAAGAGGAAUUUUGGGUCAUGUGUAUGCAGCAAACAGCUACCACCUUGUAACCUGACUGAAGAAGACCUCUUACAGAACCCUCAUUUUAGCAAGCUCCUGCUAAGUCUUUCUCAAUACAUGGAUGAGAGUGGUUUAAGCACCACCCUUGCAGACGAGCAAGCUGAGGCUUGGAAGGAGGUCCGGCUGCAAAAGACAGCAUGGCUGAGGUCAGAGAUUCUUCAGAGACUUAUACAGGAAAUGCUUGUGGACUACUACGUGAAGACACAGGACACAGAUCUUACCCCAGAGGAUAAGAAGUUUCAUGAAUCUCUUGAACAGAGGUUAUUAGUGACUGAACUGACUCGACUUUUGGAUCCAAGCCAAAAGAAAGAGAUGCCACCUUUGCUGGGCCUGGAGAAGUCAGACUUGCUAGAACUGAUGCCCCCUUCAGAGGAUUUUGUGAGAAUGAGGGAGUGUCUCCAGCCAAAAAUUGAGGAACAACUGAAGAAGAAGUGUUUCACUCUGCUCUGCUACCAUGAUCCCAGUUCAGAUUCUGAUAGUGAAACACUGAAAGCAGCAAAGGUAUGGCAGCUGGCAGAUGUGCUGACAAGUGAGAAGCAGGAGAACCAGAAUGCCAAGAAACAGCAGAAGGAACAGACAGUACUACUUGAAAAGCAGAGUUCCACCUAUUCUCAGGUGCUCCUCCGAUGCCUAUCACUGUUACAGAGACUUCUUCAGGAACACCGGCUAAAAACACAAUCAGAGCUGGAUCAAAUUAAUGCUCAGUACUUGGAGAUCAAGUGUAGUGCCAUGAUUCUGAAGCUAAAGAUGGAGGAGCUACAGAUUUUAUCAGAUACUUACACAGCUGAGAAGGUGGAGGUUCAUCGUCUCAUUAGGGAUAGUUUGGAGGGGGCCAUUCGCUUACAGGAACAAGACAUGGAGAAAUCACGCCAGGUCUUGAGCACUUAUGAGGUGCUGGGUGAGGAGUUUGACAAGCUGGUGAAGGAGUACACCCAUUUGAAGCAGGCAACUGAGAACAAGCGCUGGGCUCUUCAGGAAUUUAACAAGUUUAACAAGUCUUACCAUUGAAUUUUGCAGAAACCAAGGACCUGGCUUCUUCUGCCUCAGCAGCACACAUUCUUCCUGUCCUGUUUCUCCUAUACAAGUAUUGCCUUCUCAUUUCUCAAAAGGGGAAAUUAGGAGACACCACUCAUACAGUAAGAACUCUAGUGGACUAGGCAUUUUCCUAGUUUCUAUCCUGUGCUUGCAGUAACCUGGCCUCCUUCACUUCCUCCCUAGGAAUAGAUUUGCACAUCUUGUGGUCUCUUAAGAAAACCAAUCUUGCCUUUUGUCCAUUUGUUCCCUAAAUAAAA